AUGGCUGCUCCUCAGCUCAACGCCAUGCGAGGGCUCGACUCGCAGCAUGUCCGCGAGGCCGUCGCCGACGCCUAUGUUGCCGCCGCCUUGCGCACCGUCAGGACGCCCGCGGCGCGCGAGCGCUUCACCGAGCAGGCCGAGCGCUGGCUCGGCGACAUGAACCGCCGGCUCGAGCCCGACUGGUGGCCUACGUGGCCCGAGGCGCGCCGAGAAGAGUUCCGCAACGAGAUGGAGAGAGUCAGGGCGGUGUACGCGACGGCGGUGCUGCGCGACCCGCUCGAGGACGGCAUGAUCAGCCCCAAGAUGCUCUCGACGGUGCUGGAGCACAUGCGCAUGUCGUUCAACCGCCUCGGCUAUCUCGUCACCAAGAUAUCGCUCACGCCGCCCUCGCACGCCGACCCGGAGCAGUGGCGCCUCGCGACCCGCAAGUGGUUCCACGACGGCGUCGCAAAGGACCUCACGGCGCGCGAGUUCGACACGGCGGGCUACGUGCAGCGCAUGGAGGUCGUCGACGAGCUUGACAGAGUGCGCCACAUGCUCGCCGGGACGAUCCCGGACUACAGGACGCUCGACCACCUGCCCUCCAUCCGCGAUCCGAGAAGCUUCCUCGCCUACGCGCACCUCCUCAUCGACGCGAACGUCAACUCAGCGCUGGACCGCCUGCACGAGGAUCAUCCCGACGCAGAUCGUCGUGCCGAGGAGGCCGAGAUCCUCCGAGCGUACGCUCAGAGCCGCGGCAUCGCCAUCCCGACGCUGCCGCCGCACAGUCCAGACGGCGACGGCGUCGACGCGCACAGUCUGGCGCAUGGUUCCUGGCGACGCCUCUAG